AUGCAUUUGCAUAUGCACUUGCAUGAGUCGAUGCUUGACUUUGGUCCAGUGUAUGCAUUCUGGUUAUGUAGCUUUGAGAGAUACAAUGGCAAGUUGAAGAACAUAAAGAUGAACUGCAGAAAUGGUCUUGAGGUUACAUUUAUGAGAGUAUUCCUAGAAAAGGCAUUUAUCAGCACUUUCCUACAUGCAUAUUCUACCAACCUUUUGCUGCCAAUGAUACAGUUUCUCGAGAGUGUUGCUCAAGUUAUGUUGCCUUUGAUUAUGAUGAAGAAUGCUCACUAUCAGUGGUUAUUUGAAUUCGAUGUCAAGACUUACCAGAGUACAAGUGUUUCCUUCUAUGUGGUAGGGAGAAUCCCGAUUGGUGAGGAUGUGUUUGUGAACAAUUGGAUUCAAAAGGUGAAAAAGAUUUCGUUGCUGGGGCAAGAGUACUGCAGUGGUGAAAAGAAGAAGCACGGGUCUUUUUUUCCCGCCUACCAGUCCAGUCAUCACCAGCUGUUAGUUGAACAAGGCCUAGAGUUGUGGGAGAAGGGGUACAUGGAAGAGAGUUCUUCAUGCAUUGUUUCAGUGCAUCGUCUACAUUCAUGCUUUGCGUUGGCUACUUAUAAAAUGCAAAGUGAGAUGCAAAAACGCCUUGUCAUUCCACUGCCUAGAAAAGUAGUCACAUAA